CUGACCUUUGACCCCCAGCGGCUCUGUCAGUGGGACAGGCCAAGCAGCUGGGUCAAAGUGAAGAUGGAUUCCCUGCAGGAAAAACAUCUGAAAGCCUCCAGGAUUCUGCAGAACCUCAAGGAAACAAGCGCUGUGACCGAGGCGGUGCAAACGGCUGGGAGCUGUCUCACUCAGGCCCAAGAGGCUGUCAGAGGCUGGCCACCAUACUUGACAAGAGGUCCGGUUCUGGACACCCGGGCCCGGCUGGAAGGGGACGGGGUCCGUUACAAGGCCAAGCUGAUCGGCUUGGACCUGGUACCGGAACCACAGGGAGAGAAGAUGCUGCUGGACUCCAUGAUGAAACUGAAGGGAUUUGAAGUUUCAGCGAGGAAACAGGGAAAACACAAAAUGAGGAUCUGGCUGAAAAUUUCCUCCAGCGGCUUGAAGAUGUUGGAUGAGCGGACCGGGGCUGUGCUUCACGACCACGACAGAUCCAGGAUCAGUUCGGUGACCAAAGACAAGUCGGACCCCCGAGCGCUGGCCUACGUCUACAGACAUGAAGACGAGUUCAUCCUGUUCUACAUCAAGGCGGGACACCAGGCGGAUCCAAUCAUUUUGGACAUCCUGGAUGUUUGUCAGCAACAGGAAACGUCUCAUCAGCACCAGCCUACGGCAAGCCGAAAUAGCUCUUUAGUGACGCUGACUGAUGAUCCGGCUUCUCCAGCAACGGAAGCAGGUCUGGAGAAUGUGCUUCAUCCUCCACCUGCAUCAUCAUCAUCAUCAUCAUCAGGACAAAUACAGCAGGCGUCUUCCGGUGAUGAACUGAUGGAGAUAUUUUCUCCGCCACUGACAGAUCCUCUGACUCCCAGUAACAUCCCACCUGUCAGCCAGCCAGAGUCUCCACAUGCCGUCCUCUCCACGGCUCAGAUCCUCUCCAUGUUCCCCACCCAGCCACCAGGGGGCUCUCCGUACAUCUCCCCACCAGUGUCUCCCAGUUCAAUGCCCUGGAAUCAGCAGGGGCUUACUGGAAACCAGUGGCCCUUGGUCCCAGCCGCGCUACCGGCAGCGGUUACAGCGCCCCCUGCUGCUGUCCUGCCUCCACCUGGUUUCAUGCUGACGGUGAACCCGGCUUUCCCCCCACUGGUGAACCAGAACGCCUCCCAGCCGGGUCCCACUCUGGGCCCCACACUGGGCCCUGCACUGGGCCCCGCUCCAGCACUGGGCCCCGCACUGGGCCCUGCACUGGGCCCUGCACUGGGCCCCGCUCCAGCACUGGGCCCCGCACUGGGCCCUGCACUGGGCCCUGCACUGGGCCCUGCACUGGGCCCCGCUCCAGCACUGGGCCCUGCACUGGGCCCCGCUCCAGCACUGGGCCCCGCACUGGGCCCUGCACUGGGCCCUGCACUGGGCCCUGCACUGGGCCCCGCUCCAGCACUGGGCCCUGCACUGGGCCCUGCACUGGGCCCUGCACUGGGCCCUGCACUGGGCCCCGCUCCAGCACCGGACAACAACCUGCUGCUCUGGCCUCAGUUUAUGUCUCCAGAUAUUUAGUUUGAUUAAUAAAUGAGGAUUCAGCACUUUAAUGAACUAAAUUAACACUUUCCAUCUGGAAAACAAAAUUCUUAUAAAAAUAACUGAAAGAUCAUUUAAUACAAAUUUGGUUAAUCUGCUUAUUUUCUGUUUUUGCUGAUUUUAAAACUCGGAUAUGUUGUUUUGUUCAUUCGGGAUCAGAAAAUGUUUUGUGUUUUUCUGCUUUAAACUUCCUGUCAGUGAAUUUGAUCCUUCAUUGAAUUAAACGACGCCUGAGAAAACAGA